GUCGUCACUCAACCGCCACGACGCGACCUCGCGCAUCCGACAGGUACAGCGUCACAGGAGAUUGAGUCCCGACUCACGGCUGUUUGCUCGCUCUGGUCCUGUCACUCGCGACUUUUGCCUGUCUCAGCCGCGUCGCCCCAGUGAAACCGGCAAAAUGGGCUUGAUCGGUAGCUGACCCACUGCGCUCUCACGCAUCAGCAGUGCUCGCGGAAGAGGUGGUCAUGCAGGAAGUCUGUGGGUGUCAGGUUUCAAAUUUUGAAGGUCGACGAAGGACCUCUGCGACUCGCCAGAGUCAAUUGCGGAGAAGCUCUCGCGCACUCUCUGCGGACCCGCUAUCCGCACUUCGGGAAGCAAUGGCGCCUUCAAGCCGCCAUGCAGAGCAAUCGGGAGACUUCGAACGAGUGGAUGGCCGCACGCUUCCCAAAGCGCAUCAGUGGCCUCCACGAAGACCGGCACCCAUAUUCGUGAGGGCCACGGCGCUGACUCGCCGGGUGGAUGAGCAAGAGGAGGCAAAGAGGCGAGAGUUGGAGAGAGAAUUGCUGGUGCAGGAGGAUGCUCGCACCUUGGACAGCCUUCUCGGACCUCCACCUGACUUUGAAGCCAGUCAGACAGUGGAGACCUCUGUCGUUGGCCAGGAGUCCACCACAGCAGGGUCGAGUCAAUCCAUGGCCAGCUUGUAUGCGCAAAUCGCUGCUGAUGCAGCGGCUACUACAACGCAAACGGAGACCAGCGGCUCAAAGCUCGGGCCGUCGGCCUCGAGCGUCUGGGGUCAUCAUGCUCGUAAGGGCACAGACUUCCCUUCAACUUCGCGCCGCGCCACUGAUGCUCGGCGGCAGCGUAAAAGAGCACAGCCAGAAGCAAAGUCACCGAGAAGCGAUUGGUUCAUUUCCCGCUUCACCAACGCCUCACAACCCACGAAGGCUCAGCAGAUCGGUGCUGACGCAGAGGUGGUAGCCAGCUGGCAUUGCGCUUCGUGCGGCGUGACGCUACCCAACACGUCUCCGAGCGGAAUUCACGCCCAUCUAGGAAGCAUUGCACACCAGCUCUCGUUGUCGGCCGAGCCUGCUGCUCCGUCAAUACGAGGCAGUGCAGCCGCCCUCGCGUCGUGGGAGAAAGUUUCGAGAGAGCCAUGGAUACAGCAGAACUUGAAUGACGAACUCGAACUGCAGAGGCAAAACAGGGGCUGGUCUGCUCUAGAAAGAAUGGGAUGGAGGCCAGGCAUGGGCUUGGGAAGGAAGGAGUGGGAAUUGGUGGGCGCUCAACAGGAUCAGUCCGACGAUGCGGAGGCUUCGGCGCCACCGGGAUCGCCAUCACUGGCACAGCCGCCAGUGACCGCAGAGCCGCCUACGGGCGCAGGAAAUGCGGUAUGGAGAGACUGGCAGGAUCCGCCUUCUCCCUCGCGACGCGGUCCGACCUCGCUCGCAGCAGCGCAGCAAGGACGAUCAGCACACUUGGCGCAUUCGACGCCUGCGGGUCCUUCCACUCAGUCCGAUCCCGCCAUCCAAGAUCGCGCAAGACGAGUGCCAGUCAUUCCGAUUCAGAGACCAGACCGACGCGGCAUUGGCAAGCCUCUGCCGCUGAUGAAAGCAGCACACCGCAAGUCAUCAAAUCUGACGCCUUUACGCCACGCAGAGCUGGUUCGCCAAGGUAGAAGGUACGACCCGCGUACGCGCAGCGACCAUGGCUCGGCUCCGCAGUCACAGCCGUCAACAUCGUUGACAAAGAAGGAGCGAGUGAAACGUCAGCAGCGCGACUCUGACAGAUUGGCCGCGUUUCGCGACGCUUUGCGUUGAGCUCGCAUCUGACUCGAUGAUCUCGCAGAAGUCACCUAUACCCUGUCUCGAGCCGGCGCUGUCAGGCUGCUCCACCAGCUACAAU